UAUAUCUCGCCUUCUCUGCUCAUUUGGCAAUGGUUCCUCGGCCACGCUACUCGAGCCUGCAGCGUGACAUCCGUGGCGUGCGGCAGGGCGCCAUCGAUGAGGCCAAGCGGAAGAUCUUCGGCCACCUUUCCGGCAAGGUGGGAGAGAAGUUCUUCACGCGGCCGCUGAUGGCCAAGCAGCUCAACAGGUGGUACUACCCGGCUCGAUUCCUGCUGCUCAACUUCCACGUCGAGCACUACUUCCAAAUGCAGGUAGGUGCGUGCAAAGGUCAUGGCUGAUCUUGCCUUGCGUGUGUGAUGAGAUGAGAUGAGAUGUGAUGUGUUCGUUCGUUCGUUUGUCUGUUUGCCAACAGGCCCAGCGGUUUGCGCCCACUGCUGCGCAUCCGUCGAUGGCGUACCUGUCCAAGUGCUUGGAUGAGGUGUGCCGGAAGCGGGAUGCCAUCCGGGAGCUGUUUGGGCAGAUGGACGAGAAGACCUUCUCGAACAACCCUUCACUGCAGGACCUGUACAGGUAAGUGAGAGGGACAGAAGAGAAGACAAGAGAUGCAGGCAACAUAUGCAUUGGAUGACUGCUUAUCUUGCGUGUCGUGUGUGGGUGUGGGUGGCUGCAGCUUGUAUCGGACAUUGCAGUCCGACAAUCCUCUGCCCUUUGAGCCUGACCCACGGCUGUGGCGCGACAACGGCUUCAACUGGUACAACAUGAGCACUCACACGCCUGAAGACGCCAGCAAAGGUACCACCUGACCCUCUCCCUCCCUCACACCACCACACCCACCCAUCAAUCCAUGUGUGUCUGUACGCUUUUAUGCAGCUCUCACCCUCCUAGAGUCGUCUUACCGCGAAGACCCCUCCCACAGCAACUGGGCACAAGACCUAAGGUCGCUCAAAGAGGCCCCCUCCCCCGCCCACCUCUCAUCCUUGAUCCAAGACAAACUCGGACAGCGCCACCAGCGCGCCACUGCUGACAAUGGCUCCAGUGACAGGAGGCUGGGCGCUCGGCUGAUGAAGGCCAAGACGGGCUUCGACGUCAGCUACACCCAGCUCACGGACAAGCCGAUCGUCGACGCGAGGCAGCGAUGGCGAAUGCGCGACGACAGAGAGAAGGAGGUCCGGAUGAGCAAGGCGAGGGAGGAGCGGAGAGAGGAGAGGGCGGCGCUGGCGGCGGCAGAGGCCAGGAAGACCACCACCCCAUCAGCAGGAGGCAAGGAGGGCCGGUACCAGCUGCCGACCACCACCACUGGCCCAGCCGCCCCGGAGGGCAUCGUGACGCAGGAGGAUGAGGAGCAGGAGGCUGUUGAUGAGGCAGAGCCAGAGGCAGCAAUGGACCCAGAGGCUCUCAGCCAAGGCGUGCAAGAGGGGGAAAGGGAGGGGGGCACACUGGGAGAGGGGGAGGGAGAGGAGCACCCUCCCACGACACCAGAAGGCCCGUCCAAGAGCGGCGCUGAGGCGCAGUGGGAGGUCAUGAUGCGGCUCGUCGACGACAAGGACCUCGCCAACCAGCAGAGAGUCAUUGGUAAGCGAUGAAGGCAGAGGGGGAGGGAGGGAGGGAGGGAGGGAGGGAGGCACGGACACUCAUCGAUGGAUGCCUUUAUCUGUGUGGUGUUGUGUUGGUGCAGACGAGCGGCGGCAUGAGCUUGAGAGUGCGUUGGGUCGCGACCCCCGGCUGCGGGCAUACUACAAGACACGCCACAGGUUCUUCGAGCCCCUCUUCCGCCGACGACGCAUCGCAUACCUCGACAAGUCAGUCAGACACCCUCCCCCAACACACAUGUGUGCCAUAUGGACGUGUGUGUGUGUGUGUGCGUGCGUGUUGCAGGUUGUCCCGCGGUCGCAUCAAGCAUGAGAAGGAGAAGAAGUACCACCGUUACAUGGAGGACCACCCGGACGAGGCCGAGGUGUGGCCCCACAACAAGGGAUCCAUCACCGUGCCAUGGCCGUCGCCAUUCAACUAGCCCACAGACCGACCGAGCGCGACUUCCUCUUCGACAAUUGUCGUG